AUGUUCUUCUAUCGCGUUCAUUUCGAAAACGCUUUGCUUUUGUCACGUUGCAGUGAGCUGAAGCGUCGACUCAAGGCGGAGCAGAAGGCCAAGGAGAAGGAGGAGAAGGAGCGUCUCAAGGCAGAGAAGGCGGCUGCUCAAGGCACAGGCGGGGACAAAGCAAAGACGAAGGCCGCAGAAGAGGACGAAGAGGAGGACCCGAAUAAGUACCAUGAGAACCGUCUGGCAUACGUCACAGAGAUUCAGGCCGCGGGAGGCAACCCCUACCCGCACAAGUUCCACGUGUCCACGCGCCUGCCAGAGUACUUAGCUAAGUACUCCAAUCUGGAGAGCGGACAGCAGUUGGCGGACGAGCAGGUUUCCCUCGCCGGCCGUGUCAUGCGCCGGGCGGCGUCGGGCGGCCGGCUUGUCUUUUAUGACCUUCAUGCGGACGGCUGCAAAGUGCAAGUCAUGGCCGAUGCCAGGAACUGGGAGGCAGGGGAGGAGGAGUUCACUCGCCUGCACGGGAUGGUCAAGCGCGGUGACAUCGUGGGCAUCUCAGGUUUCCCCGGGAAGAGCAAGCGCGGCGAGCUGAGUGUGUUUCCCCGCAGCAUGCUCGUGCUGGCGCCGUGUCUGCACAUGAUGCCCAAGGAGAAGAAGAAGGCUCCAGGCGCUGCUGCUGCUGGUGCUGCUGCCCCUGCGGCUGCAGCUCAGGCUGAUGGGCCCACCCCCACUGCUGCCGUAUGGGCGCCUGGUCUGCCCCGCAACCCCGAGCACUACAUUCUCAAGGACCAGGAGACGCGCUACCGGGCUCGGUACCUGGACCUGCUGGUGAACCCGGACAUCCGCCACGUGUUCCAGACGCGCGCUAAGGUCGUCUCGUACCUCCGCAAGUUCUUCGACGGGAGGGACUUUUUGGAGGUGGAGACCCCGAUGAUGCACAUGGUGGCAGGAGGAGCGGCAGCGCGGCCAUUCAAGACAGAGCACAACGAUCUCAACAUGACGCUCUUCAUGCGCAUCGCCCCCGAGCUCUUCCUCAAGGAGCUCGUGGUGGGCGGGCUGGACCGCGUGUACGAGAUCGGCAAGCAGUUCCGCAACGAGGGCAUCGACCUCACCCAUAAUCCCGAGUUCACGACAAUUGAGUUUUACGCUGCGUAUCUGGACUACAAUGAUCUGAUGGUCCUGACGGAGGAGCUGCUCUCAGGCAUGGUGAAGGAGAUCACAGGCGGCUACAAGCUGUGGUACCACAGCAACGGGCUGGACAAGGAGCCUGUAGAGAUCGACUUUACCCCGCCCUUCAAGCGCAUUCCCAUGAUCCAGGGCCUGAGGGACAUCGGAGGGCUGACAGACCUGCCAACGAACCUGGAGACAGAGGAGGCGAGGCAGUACCUGGAGGCCAUGUGCGAGAAGCACCACGUGCAGUGCCCUCCCCCGCUCACCACCGCGCGCUUGCUCGACAAGCUGGUGGGGCAUUUCAUCGAGCCGAAGUGCCGCAGCCCCACGUUCAUCAUCAACCAUCCGCAGAUCAUGUCUCCCCUCGCCAAGUGGCACCGCACGGACGUCAACCUCUCAGAGCGCUUCGAGCUCUUUGUCAACUGCCACGAGGUGUGCAAUGCGUACACGGAGCUGAACGACCCAAUCAGGCAGCGCCAGCUAUUCGCCAAUCAGGGCAAGGACCGGGCGGCUGGCGAUGAUGAGGCCAUGAAGAAGGACGAUGACUUCUGCACGGCACUCGAGUACGGCCUGCCGCCCACGGGAGGGUGGGGCAUGGGUGUGGACCGACUGACCAUGAUUCUCACCGACUCUAUCAACAUCAAGGAAGUGCUUCUGUUCCCGGCUAUGAAGCCCAAGGCUGACCAACUCCCACCUGCCGCUGCUGCUGCUCCGGGUGCUGCACCUUCAGAUGCAAAUGCUUAA